AUUAGUUAGCAAGUUAGUAAGCCAACUAGCUGUCGCAAUAAGAAUUCAGACGAAGACUUUUCAGAUCCAUACGUAUUGAUCGAGUAGUCGAGAAGAGUCCAACGUGUGUUUGUAUGUCGUGAAUCAGCAAAGAGGCCAGUAAGCACAACACGAUGGUGAGAAAAAAUCAGAACUUAUUUCCGUCUAUGCUUCGACUCCAUGGAAGAUUCAUCCCACACACACGUCUCAAUCAACCAAUCCACCAACUCAUCUACUCUUUCUUAUGCACACACACACAUACACACCCAACUCGUCCCGACUCAACCCAACCUCUCCCCAUGACAUCACCACUAAUCAACCAUCCACCAGAACAGCAUGCAUGCAUUACAACGACAUUUCGUCGCCGGAAAACGAGGAAUCACAUCCACCUAUCCAUCCAUCCAUGCACCACCACCACCACCACCACCCUGACAAGAGCUUUUUGACGCCCAGGGCACAUGCAAACAUGGUCCCAAGAAAGCC